AUGUCUUUGUUGAACGGUCCGGUGAGGCAAUACUACAGCCCCAAACCCGUCUCAAUGGAGAUGCCCAAAAAACACCGAAUACAGCUAGUGGCUGUUGCAGCACUAGCAUUGGGCUUGCGACUGCAUAACGUCAGCUCUCCUCCGGUUCUGGUUCCUGGGGAAGCCAAAGUUCACGACGUCGUGUCAAACUACCAGUCUGGCAGCUUUUUUCUCGCUCCCGACCCGCCGCUUCCAGGGCUGAUAUACGCGGCGCUUGUCCUUCUUGGCCACGGAAGUGUCUCGUGGACUCUUCUUCGAUCGCUGAGCGCACUUUUCGGGACAGCUACGGUGCUUCUCACGUACAAAACUUUGCAAGCGUGUCGUGUCAGCCAUAAGGUGGCACUUUCCGGUGCUCUCCUGGUGGCCUUCGACAACUCGUUUGUGCAGGAGUCCCGCUUGGCCACCGCCGUUUCGCCAACGCUGUUUUUCUUCAGCCUGGCAAUAGCCCUGACCAAGACGCUGGACGGGAGCCCAAGCGGGAAACGGAAGGUUACAGCGCUUUUGGGCAGCUCGAUCGCGCUAGGAUGUUUACUUGCCUCUAACUGGAUAGGACUGGCCACCGCUGCGUGGAUGGCGGUGGUUUUUGCCAGAAGUAUAUGGCUCCAGGUGGGCGAUCUCACUAUAAGGCCAAGAACUAUAGUCAAGGACGCACUGAUCAGAGCGAAGCUUUGGCUCAUUAUUCCGGUUCUGAUUUACGUUUCUGUGUUUGCAGUGCAUCUGCGCUUGCUCCCGAACUCAGGCCCCGGCGCCGUGUCGUUAUCGCCUCAUUUCCAGCACUUGCUCGACUCUUCUCCGCCGCGUAUCGCGGACGUUUCCUACGGCUCCUCGGUCUCGCUUCGCAGUUUCUACACGGGCAAGUACCUGCACUCUGAGAGCAGCAACUACCCGAAGUCGGGCAACCAGCGGGUCACUGCUGCAGAAACAGACUCCGACAAAACACUGUGGUUUGUCGAGCAGCGAGUGAAAGCCAGCAUGGGCGAGCUGGUGCGCAAAGCCAAAUUCAUCGAAACAGGCAGGCAGAUCCGCCUGUUCCACAACGCUACCCAGAGAUAUCUAUACAUCAACGCAGACGAAAAGCCGCCGCUUUCGGAGACAGACUACAACAAAGAGGUUGGCACCAUUGGCAACCUGUCGUGGACGGGGGAGAACUGGCUCAACUUUGAGCUCCGUCCGGCCGUCGAGUACUCCUCAGAGCUCGGCUCGAAGCGGUUUAGAGCCGUCGAGUCUGUGUUCCAGAUAUUCAACGUGAAGAAUAAGUGCUUUGUGAUGGCUACCGAGAAUGCGCUGCCAAAAUGGGCAGACGGACACGACGAGGUCAUUUGCAUCGAGAAGCCAAACUAUGUACGGUCUCUGUGGUACUUUGACAGAAACAUCCAUCCAAAGCUCGAAGGAACGCCCGUGGAGUACAAGAAUCUCACCUUCUGGAACAAGCUCGAGGAGGUGCACGUGCACAUGAGACGGCUCCAGGCAAGACUGCCUAAAUGGCAGCUCGAGGACCUGAAACCGUUGCAAUGGCCGUUCCUGGAGACGAAAACUCUUCUCUGGAAGGACGGCAAUGACGAGAUCUGGUCUACGGGCAAUCCGGUGGUUUACUGGCCUGCAAUAGUGGUUGUGAUCGGCUUUGCAAGUUUCAAGUUACUGCAGCUGGCCACCACCAACCCGUACAAGCCUGCGAAAUGGCUACCGGAGGCUAUAGAAUUCGACCGUCAUGCGACGGAUUUCCUGAUUGGCUUUGUCAUCCACUUCGUCCCCUUCGUGAUGUCGCGCCACAAGUGCGGGCCCGAAAACUAUCUAUUCGCUCUCUACUUUGGACUCCUGCUUUUCUGCCAGUGGCUCAGUUACCUCCAGGUGGACAAAGCACUCGCCGUGCUUGUUUCGUGUCUUGUGAUUGCAUAUAGAUCUUUAUAG